UUAUUCUAUUGUCACUCGGGCACUGGCCUCCCCCAUAAAUCGCUGCCCUCUCGCCCGACACCUGGCCUUCCCCGUGCCGCGAUCAAUCCGCAGCAUUACGGGAAGCCAAGGCAGCGCAGAGGGACGCCCCAACUAAACCCGAAACAAACAGUUGGUUGUUGCGUAUGUAAGGAGGAGGGAAGGAAUCUGGACGGAGAUCGAUGAUGAAUUUGAAGAACAUGGGAUCGUCGGACGGGAAGGACGGGCGGCCGCCGGCGCAGCUGCCGCUGGCGCGGCAGCCGUCGGUAUACUCGCUGACGUUCGACGAGUUUCAGAGCACGCUCGGCGGCGUGGGGAAGGACUUCGGGUCGAUGAACAUGGACGAGCUGCUCAAGAACAUCUGGACGGCGGAGGAGAGCCAGGCCAUGGCCACAGCACUCGGCGGCGCCGGCGGAGCCGUCGGCGGCGGCGGCCUCGACGGCAGCGGGGCCGGCAUCGGCCUCCAGCGGCAGGGCUCGCUGACUCUGCCCCGGACCCUCAGCCAGAAGACGGUCGACGAGGUGUGGAAGGACCUUAUCCGGGAGAGCGGCCUGGGGUCGAGCAGCGGGACCGAACUCCACCAGCAGCGGCAGCCAACCCUCGGGGAGAUGACCCUCGAGGAAUUCCUUGUGAGGGCUGGAGUGGUUAGAGAGGACAUGGCCAUGGCAGCGGCGCCGAGGCCAAUCGGUAAUAGCAGUAACACCAACAACAACACUAACAGCAAUGUGUUUUACGGAGAGUUGCCGAAUUCAAACAAUAAUACCGGGCUUGCUCUGGGGUUCUCUCAGACGGGCCGCGGCAAUGGGUGUGUAGUGACAAACACAAUUACCAACAGCUCCGGUGCCAAUUUAGGCAUUCCAGCUACUGGGACGAGGCCUUAUGCAGCUCCGCUGCCUCUAGGUAAUACUGCUGAUUUGGGGAACCCGCAGGGGAUGAGAGGGGUUGGAAUUGUUGGGCUUGGAGAUCAGGGUGUGAACAAUGGAUUGAUGCCCGGGGUGGUGGGUUUGGGGGGAGGUGGUGUCACAGUUGGGGUGGUGGGUUCUCCGGUGAACCAGAUGUCCACCAAUGGGCUUGGCAAGGGUGGGGACCUGUCUUCCUUGUCGCCGGUUCCGUAUGUGCUCAGUGGGGGGCUUAGGGGGAGGAAAGGCGGCGGGGCAGUGGAGAAGGUAGUGGAGAGGAGGCAGAGGAGAAUGAUCAAGAACAGGGAGUCAGCUGCGAGAUCUCGUGCACGUAAGCAGGCCUAUACCAUGGAGUUGGAAGCUGAAGUAGCAAAACUUAAAGCACAAAACCAGGACUUGCAGAAAAAACAGGAGGAGAUGAUGGAGAUGCAGAAAAAUCAGCAAUAGCUGUUGAAUUGAUCCUUGUACCUAAGAGAGAUCAAAUUGGUGCAAACAGGUCUUGGAGAUAAUCAAUCAGCAGAAUGGACCUAAGAAACGAUGCUUGAGAAGGACACAAACAGGUCCAUGGUAAAUUGAGGUAGCAUGGAUGGCCAGAUCCAAGCGGGAUAUAUCAUAUUUAGCUUAACGAUAGUUGUAUAUAUGGUAGGAAAUUCCUUCCCCUGUUGUAAAUUAAGAAUCAAGAGUUCUAUUUUGUAGAUUGAGCUUCCAUCUGUGUUGGUUUGCUUGUUUCUUAUGAUCUCUGUUCUCGUCCUGAACAUGAUAUAGUUGACGGUCAUUCUAGUAUUUAGGACUAACUGUCAUGUGGAUCUCUCACCUAUAAAAUGCCCAUUGCGCUGGUUCUUUAAUCCUUGUAAUGGGCACAAUCUGAUGUCUACAUGAGCAUGUAAGUCAUCGAUUCCACAGCUUGCAGAUUAUUUGUUGGCUCCUUUGCUUCCUAGAGAAGGUUUUCACACUUUUUUAUUUC